AUGGCGUCUCAGAAGAAGCCCGCGACUAGGUCGUCGCUUUUCCUCAAACUGCCUCUUGAGCUUCGUCUCAUGAUUUAUGAAUAUGCGCUGGACGUUCCGAACGACUACAUGGACCGACCGAUGAUUGUGAUUAACGAUCGCGGCAAUGUGUUCACGGCGCGCGGACGGUAUCGAGCCCUCUCCAUGUGUCCCAGCUGGGUGGGCGAGAACGGUCGAGUCCGAAAUCUCCUGUCAGUCAACCGGCAGAUCCACGACGAGGUUGAGGAUUAUGUCUACUCGCAUAACACCCUCUUCUUCCUCAACUCGUUCAACCUCGACCGCAUGGCUGCCUUUUUGGACACUCUCAGUGCCACGGCGCGCGACCGUAUCCGCAGCGUCGGCUUUGAAAUCUUCUUCUUCGUCCACUCGCAGACGGGAGUACCCAAGCGCACGCUGAAGGAGUACGAACGGGCGGCUCGCAUUCUGCGCGAGAAGCUGCCGCACUGGACCAGCACUCUGUUCUAUCUGGAUCCGCGGUUCUAUUACCCUUCUGCCUCCGUCGGGGGCCUGCAGUCGUCGGCUCGGGGCAUCUGGUCUCUAGCCACGAUGUUCGGUGCCUUGGGCAAGGAUCUCCAUUUCUUCCCUUUGCCGUCGAUGCAUCGAUAUGUUAUGGACGAUGCAAAGAAGAUGCUUCAGGCGCAUACGCGGGCGCCGCCUCAGAAGCUCGUUUUUUAG